UAGUAUUAUAUAUAUAUAAGCUAGAAUUCUUGGAUAUAUGUCUACACCGGGCCACUGAAUGGAUCUCUCAUGGUCUGAAAAUGGGUUGCUCCUGUCGUCCUCUGUCGAGAAGAAUAUCUACGUACACUCAGCUAGUGGGAUGUGACAGCUGCCUAAGGAUCCAUCCAUAUAUAUUCUAUGUGAGAUGGAUCAAAGCCCAAAUUCGAAGUCCCUUGAGAAGCUAUGCUGUUAUAAAGUCAGGAAAGAUUCAACUACCAAAGAAAAAAAGGAGGCUGGAUGAGAUAUGUCUUGAAAGGUUUCAGCAAUACAGCCGAACAUUUAUUCAAUCAUGGAUCUUACAAGGCAAAGUGUUUGUUGAUGGAAAGGUGGUGAACAAAGCUGGAACACCAGUCUCUGAAAAAGCUGUUGUGCAGAUAAUGGCUGAAGUUCCAAAAUAUGUAUGUAGAGCAGGAUAUAAGUUAGAAGCUGCUAUUGAACAGCUAGGCAUUGAUGUUUCUGGUAAAGUAGCACUUGAUUCAGGGUUGUCCACUGGUGGUUUUGCUGACUGCUUACUUCAGUAUGGUGCAUCAUUUGUUUAUGGAGUUGAUGUAGGUUAUGGCCAGCAUACGUCUUUAUGAGUACAAACCAGAAAGACACUGGUGGGGUGGAAGAAGUUGCGAUUCCAGCUUCAACAAAGGCUGCUACAACUGCUCCUGCUGCUGAAAAACCCUUACCUAUGCCAACCAUAACAGUCUGUGAAGUCAAGGAAACCAGUUCCAGAGGAUCAGCAGUGUGAACUUUUCAAGUGGAUGCUCAGAAGGGAAGAGGAAGGUUAUUUUCAAAAGAUCCCGAAGAAAAGAAGCUACUUGACGAAGAGAAAGCCAUUUAUAAAUUUGUAUUCGAGCAAAAUCUAUCCCAAGUGCUCUAAUUAUUCAACAGUUGUUCAUCUGAUUACAGAUUACUAGAAAUGAUUUUAAUAUGAAUGGAUUUAGCUCAGUUUGUAUAUGAGAAUACAAUACACCACCCCAUUGUAAUACAUAUGAGUUUGGAUU